AAAGGGAGAGGCGAAGUGCGAGCGAUUUUCAAAGCAAAGCUCACUGUUUACAAUGGAUGAGAGCUUCAGAGUACGGGUGGACAAAGUGUUCGGGUCUUUGACGGAGACCUCUAAUUUGAGUUCUCUCUGGUGUUUAACCGACGAUGAAAUUGAGAAAAGGGAAUGGAAUAGGGAUACCCCAUCCCGCGAGCUAGUCGACUUUGAUUCCAAACCCUGCCCUCCCCAUAUUGACGGCUUCUUCUCGAAGUCCCCCCAAACCCUAGAUUUUCCCAAACAGCUCCAGUCCGAUCUGGAACAGCUCGGCGACGGCCAAGAACCAGAUGAUGAUAAUGAAUUAGAUAUCCGGUCUGGCAUUGGUUUAGAUUGCACCCUUGACUAUGAGGAGGAAGAAGACGAGUUUGACAAAGUGGCCGUUGAUACGGAAAAGGAGAAGCAGCAGCCUAGUGACCGCUUGUACACGCGGGAGGUCUCUGACUACGGAAUUUCUGCGGACACAGACCAUGAGCUUCCUCUUACUCUUCAUGACAUUAGGAGAGAUCCUCGUGCUAAUCAUGAGGCCGCCAAGCUCAGACUCAAGGAAGAUGCCGAGGCUGCCCUGAGAGAAGGUCAUUUAGGUUCCAAGCCACCUACUGCGUACAAGACUCUAGGCCAGGAUGAUGCACAUUCUCCUAAAAAACUCAAGCUCAAGGAAGAUUAUAGGUUGGUCCCUAAUUCAUCCAUUCCAGAUUAUGUAAGGAAUCCAUCCAAGUAUACUUGCUAUACACUUGAUGUCUCGGAUGAUAUGAAUGAAGAAUCCAAUAGAAAAGCCUACAUGGACUUUCUAAGUAUCAUAAAGAAGGGAUCGCAGCUGGACAAUGAUAGCUCCACUAAUUUUGAGAAAUCGCCCACCUUUAACCUGAAAAUGAAGCAGCCUGCUGGGACCUUCACCAAACAGGGCGUCAAGUCGGAGCAAAUGCAAGUGAAAAAAAUAGUUCCCCUUAGCAUUGUUUCCAUGGAAUCCGAUAAUGCUGCCAUGGAAGAAGAUGAAUCGUCUAUUGCAGCCGAUAGAGCUAGACAUGGAAGUUUGCAUAAGCCUGGCAAAUGUUAUAGAACAAGGACCACUAUGAUGGAUACUGAUGACUGAAUUGUAUGAUUUCACUUGUAUGUGAAUUCCUUUUGAAAAUAGUCUUCUUGUGCUCUGUCUUCUUUUUUUUGUUGAAAAUAGUCUUCUUAUACAAUGUUUGAUCUCAAAUCAUCAUGAA